AUGUCAGCUGCCAACUGUCUGCUGUCUGAAGAGAGCUUUCUGUGCUCCAUCUGCCUGGAUGUGUUCAACACUCCUGUCACCUUACAGUGUGGUCACAACUUCUGCAGGAGCUGCAUCACUCAAAACUGGAGAAUCAAUAGAAAAUACCAGUGUCCUGUGUGUAAAAAGCAUUUUGACACAAGUCAUGAGCUGCAUGUCAAUAUUUUUAUCUCUGAGAUGGUUGCUCAGUUCAGAGAGUCAGCUGUAAAGACAGCCUCAGAGGUUGCCAAACCAGGAGAGGUCCCCUGUGACAUGUGCACUGGGGUCAAACUGAAGGCUCUCAAGUCCUGCCUGGUGUGUCUGGCCUCGUACUGUGAAACUCACCUGCAGCAACAUCAGACAGUGUCAGGCCUAAAAAGACACAAGCUCAUGGACCCACUGGAUAACCUGGAAGACAGAAUAUGUACGAAGCACAAUGAACUCUUGGAGCUGUUCUGCAAGACUGAGCAGAUGUGUGUAUGUCAGUUUUGUAAUGAGUCAGACCAUGAAACACAUGACGUUGUUCCUCUUAGUGAAGAAUGCGAAGUAAGGAAGACUGACCUGGAGAGGACGCAGGCUGGAUUUCAGCAGAUGAUCCAGGAGAGAGAGCUGAAGAUACAGGAGCUCAGACGGUCAGCAGAGAUCAGCAUGGCCGCUGCAGACAAAGAGACAGCAGAUGGUGUGCAUGUCUUCUCCGAUCUGAUGCAGUUUGCUGAGACAGGCCUGGCUGAGCUGAGUGAGCAGAUUAAAAAGAAACAGAAAAUGACAGCCAAAUCUGCUGAGGGCUUCAUCAAAGAGCUGGACCAGGAGAUCUCAGAGCUGAUGAAGAGGAACAGCGAGGCUCAGCAGCUGUCAUGCUCUGAUCACUUCCACCUCCUGCAAAACUUCUCAUCUCUGAAUGCUUUUCCAAACACUAAGGACUGGAACAAAGUCAGUAUCCAUCAGCCAUCGUUUGAGGGAGCUGUGGCCAGAGCUGUGGCUCAACUUAGGGAAACGCUCAACAAAGUUACGACGAAGCUGCUCGAGUCUGAAUUGAAGAGGGUGCAGCAGUGCGCAGUGGAUGUGACUCUUGAUCCUAACACGGCACAUCCUAGACUCAUCUUGUCUGAUGAUGGUAAGCAAGUAAAUCACAGUGAUGUGGAGAAGAAUCUCCCAGACAAUCCAGAGAGAUUUUCAUACUGUGUCAUGGUCUUGGGGAAGCAGAGCUUCUCCUCUGGCAGAUUCUACUAUGAGGUGGAGGUUAAAGGGAAAACUAAAUGGGAUUUAGGAGUGACCAGCGUGUCGGCAAACAGGAAAGGACAAGUGACAUCAAGCCCGAAGGCCGGCUACUGGACCCUGCAGCUGAGGAAUGGAAAUGAGUAUGUAGCUCUUGCUGACCCUGAUGUUGUGCUGUCUCUGAAAUCACAGCCUCAGAAGGUGGGGGUGUUUGUGGACUAUGAGGAGGGACUGGUCUCCUUUUAUAAUGUUGAUGUUGCAGAUAUUAUCUACUCCUUCACUGGCUGCUCCUUUCCAAACAAACUCCUCCCAUUCUUCAGCCCCUGUUUCAAUGAUGGUGGUAACAACUCUGCCCCUCUCAGGAUCUCCAUUGUUCAACUGAACUGA